UUUUUUCAGAAUUUCUGAAAAAAAUCAGAAUUUUUUUCAGAAUUUUUUUCCAGAAAUGAAUACCCAACGGCAUGUUGCCGGUUCCUCGACUUCUACCACAACUAGAAAAGGUUCUGGAACUCAAAAACUUUCUGGAUCAACAAGUGGGAAUGCUUGGGCUUCACAAACUGAGAAAAAUGAAAAUAUUAAAAUUGAACUAAACGACUUGACAAACAAAAAUUUAAACGAAGAAAAUGAUAGAAUUGAUAGUUUACAUGUUCACACAAAUCUUAUUUUGAGGUUUAUAGAGAAUUCUAGGCUAUGUAGAUGCUCAAAAAGGAAUCAAUUAGCAAUUCUUGCAAAUCUGGGCUUUCUUAUUGUUUUUGGAAUUCGUUGUAAUUUUGGAGCAGCUAAAAAUCACAUGUCUAGAGAUUUUUAUGAUCCUUGGGGCAAAAAACACAAGCACUCUUUUAAUUGGACUAGUGCUGAAUUAGGAGUGAUGGAAUCUUCCUUCUUUUAUGGAUAUUUAAUUACUCAAAUACCUGCUGGAUUUUUGGUUAGGUUUUUUUGAUUAUUGAACUCUUUUCACAAUUAUUUUUCAUCUCUUACACCCCCCUCCCACAUAUCCCGACCUCUUAUCCCCAUGUCCUAAUCCUUCCCCACGUAUCCCUCUCUUAUCACAUAUCCCAACCUUCCUACAUAUCCCCAACCUCUUAUCCACACAUUCCAUAUAUCCCCAACCUCUUCCCCAUAUAUCCCGACUUUCCCACUAUCACAUUCUUCCCAGAUAUUAGGGUUGUCGGAUCCGGAUCCGAAAAAGGCUGGAUAUCCGAAAAUUUUCGGUUCUGGUAUCCGAGGAUUUCCAACUAUCCGACAACCCUACCAUAUAUUCCAAUUUUCCCACAUAUCCCGACCUCUUCCCCCUCUUUCCCAUAUAUCCCGACCUCACCCUACCUCUUAUCACAUAUCCCACCCGUCCCUCAUACCCACGAUUUCCCUCAUAUCCCAAUCCCUUAGUUAUCCUUCUGUCAACAUGGAUAGGAAAUAGAACAAAAAAAUUUUUCUU